AUGGAUGCAUCAGGCGAUUUGGACUUUGAAUAUGAAUAUGAUGAUUCCGCGACUGAGACUUUCUACCUCAACCUGGACCUAACAUCCUCCAAUGGCCUCAUUCGAGCCCCACGGAAACGAAACACAUCUUUUCCCGCCACAUCUCAUGACACGUCCACUGCGGAAUCAUCCCAACCCCCACCCGCAACCCCGCUCGACUCCCCGCACUCCCCAAACUUAAAUGCCAACGAGAAUGAUCAGCAGCCAGCCAAUGCCAGCACAGACCCAGAUCUAGAGACCCUGCGGCAUCAAGACCAGAUCCAGAUCAUGGACUUGCAUUCCGACAACCCGAUAAUCUCCUAUCGGAACCAAAUCUUCUCCUGCUCAUGGGUCGACCUCGUCGGAACAGAGAUGACCUUCUCCAUGCCCGAAGAACACUCCACGCUCCCCCGCCUCCGACAUCAUCAAGAGUAUGACCUGAUCUCCGCCAAUCGUGUCAAAAUCUUAGGCCAAAAGGCAAAUCUGAUUUCCGGGUCCUCUACAACGCCCAAACAAAGUAGUGACACCCAAGGCUCAGCAGCCACAUCCACACCCACAGCAACAGCAGGAGAUGCAUCUACCCCACCACCACCCCAAACAACAACAGCCUCAACAAACCAAGCUCGCUUUCUUGAGCGCCUCAUGAACGCCAAACGCGCCAAGGGCGAAACAGACGUCGUCCGCACAACCUUCUCCCAGAAACGCAACCAGAACUUCGAGGCGAAGUUGCAGGGCUGGGCACAGACGGGGAAACAGAUGGCUGAAUUGGAGGUGCUUAACCGCCGCGUGCUGCAGGGGGAUGCGAAUGCGCUCAGGGCGCUGGAGGAGAUUUAUGCACGUGUAGAGGCGCCUCCGGGACAACCCGGGCAAGGGCGGCAAACGGGGCAAGUAAAGCGUGGGGGAUCUUCGAAGGCCGAAAAGGGUGGUGGUGGUUGA